AAGUGUUGUGAACAGCUGACAGCCGGCAUUCAUUUGUUGUUAUUUGAGAUUUUACGUAAUAAUUUAUUUUUGUGGUGGAUUAAAGCAUUUAUUAUACUCAAAAUGUCGAUGAGACAUUGCAUAUCGGCCUUAAGGGUCUUGAGAACCCAGAUCCCUCUGAAGACUGCCCAGAAUCCUCAAAACAAUCUCCUGCAGCGGUUCUAUAGCAGCAAACCACCCGUAAUUGGAAUUGUGGACUACGACGUGGUCAAGAAACUUCCCAGUGAGCCGCAGAAGUUACUCAUUGAUGUUCGGGAGCCAGAUGAACUAAAGGAGACCGGUCAAAUCCCCGCCAGCAUUAACAUUCCGCUAGGUGUGGUAAGCCAGGAGUUGUCGGCCAGUGAGCAGCUCUUUAAAUCGAAAUACGGUCGGGAUAAGCCGAAACCGGAUACGGAAAUUAUAUUCCACUGCAAGAUCGGCAAAAGGAGUCUCAAGGCCGCAGAAGCUGCUGCAGCUCUGGGUUUUAGGAACCUGAAGAACUACGAGGGAUCUUGGCUAGAUUGGGCCGAACGAGAAGGUUUGCCCAAAUAAAAGAUGCCUGGAAAUGAAUUUCUUCAAUUUCAUUAAAGCAAACACAUUUUAUAAGUUAUGGCAAGUCAUAAAUAAUAUUUAUUAAAUACUACUCGGUAGCAUAUUUUAA